UUAAAAGUUGCUUAUUUUUUCUACUUAUUUCAACAGUUACUCUAAGCACGAAUUACGAAUCGAAUAAACGAACAGGUUACAUCCUUCGCGAUUGUACGUGUGACCAAUCAUUUUCUUGGUGCGUGUUCGUGCGUUCAGUGCGUUGUCAUAUCACAGCUAGCUAGCUGGCCGCCUGCAACAAACAAACAUCGAAUACGGGUUGCCUCAUCCGAAUCGUGAAAUAUAUCGUGCUUUUACCGCAUCUAUAAAAGAUCGGCUGUGCCGUUCACAGUUGUAUGUGCUUCAGUUUCUAGUCACAAGAACGCAUUCAUAUUACACAAAGUGCGAGCUUCGGUACUUUCUCCGCAGGGGUAGUUUUGUGGUAGAAAGGUAGUGCGUUGGGGAUCUACGUGCACCGUGGGAUAUAACUAUCAACAACGCCACAAUGCGCAUCACCGUGAUGGACGCCAACUCCACGGACAUGUCCACGUUCGAGGUGGCCGAUGAUAUGGAGCUGGAAAAUCUAAUCGCCCUUUGUCGGAUGGAGUUCAACAUGCCGACCCACAUGGAGCUGGUACUGUCGGCGAAACAGCAAAUGCUGCUGGACCAGAAAAAGACGCUUACGCACUAUGACGUCAAGGAUGGCGAUAUGUUACUGCUCCAUAAGGCACCCGCCUCCCAACCUCCUGGGGCAACAACCGGUGCUUCAGCAGCGCGGGCCCGUCCAAUGAUGCCGGCACCAUCGAGCAGGGAAGAACCUGCGGCGUUGGCCAAUCUGGACUUUGGCUCGAUUCAAGUACCUACCUCAAUUCGAUCAGGUGCCGGUGGCAAUGGUGGAAAUGGAUCCUCCAGCGGGUUGAACCGUCCAUCCCCAUCGAUCGGUCCCGAAGACGAUCCCGCUGUAGUGCGCGAAAUGUUCCUCUCGAAGCCGGAUCAACUCGCAUUACUGAAACAAAACAAUCCACGCCUAGCUGAGGCAUUGCUUUCCGGCAAUCUGGAAACCUUUGCCACCGUUCUUCGGAAGCAGAUUGCCGAACGAAUGGAGAAACAGCAGCAACGGCUCCGGAUACUUCAAGCCAGCCCAUUCGACGCGGAAGCACAGCGUUUGAUCGCAGAAGAGAUCAAGCAGAAAAACAUCGAAGCGAACAUGGAGGCGGCGAUGGAGUAUAACCCGGAAACGUUCGGUACGGUCGUGAUGCUGUACAUCAACUGCAAGGUGAACGGACAUCCGGUCAAAGCGUUCAUCGAUUCGGGCGCACAGGCAACGAUAAUGAGCGCCGCCGCCGCUGAACGCUGCAACAUUAUGCGGCUGGUCGAUACGAGAUGGGCCGGCAUUGCGAAAGGUGUCGGCGUGCAGCGCAUUAUCGGCCGGAUUCAUAUGGUGCAGAUACAGAUCGAGAAGGAUUUCCUCACGUCCAGCUUUUCGGUGCUGGAGGAACAACCGAUGGAUAUGUUACUGGGGCUGGAUAUGCUGAAGCGGCACCAGUGUAACAUCGAUCUGAAGAACAAUGUGCUGCGCAUUGGAACGACCGGUACAGAGACACCGUUCCUGGCGGAAGGCGAUCUACCCGAAUGUGCCCGUUUGACCGGAAGCCCUGAGGAGGAGAAACGUGCCCUGGCCGAGUCGGCGAAACUAGCGGAAGAACUUGCCAUCAAGGAAGCACUCAGCAAAAGUCAAAGCGAUCAAGCUUCGACGAGUGGAGCGGGAAGUAGUGGCAGCAACGUCACACCGACAACAGAACCAUCGCCUGCCAGCAGUGAGGCUGCGAAAGCGCCAGCAUCACAGUCCACGGCACCGGAACCAAUGCAGGAAGAUGUGGAACCACCGCUGACGCUUCUGCCGACCGAUCGGUUCAGCGAAAUGGAUGUAGUCGAGCUGGAAUCGAUGGGCUUCAAGCGUCAGAUGGUGAUCGACGAACUUCGGGCCGCUAACGGUGACAAAACGAAGGCCACUUCAGGUCUGUUCGCGAAACUAGGGUAAUGCGUGCGCGCCGGUCGAAACAGGUCCCAUAGAAGCGGAGGUUGUACCUGUAGCUUCUCGUACACUGCCGGAAGUAUGCUUCGUGCAUCUGUAAUCACUCGGGCAAAAGGGAGCCGCUUUUUUAAUACCAAUUUGCACCGUUUUACCUAUGCCUAAUCGAACUAUUUUGUGUCUCAGAAGUGCUUGAAAGUCGUUGAUAUUUCGUAUUCUUUCCACCGCAUUUACUAUGGGUGAACUGUUUUAUAUAAUGUCUUGUACGUGCAUUCGCUACCUCUAAAUUGCAUUUCGGCAAACAGGAAUAACUGGAAAUGCGAUGUGUGGUUCGUGGCUGUGGGAUUGAAACGUGUUUGACUUCUUUUUUUCUUUGCUUAACUACCUACUGGGUUUUACGGUGAUUUACGAACCUGCCUUCCGGAAGCUACUCUUGAUUUGAUCUGUUAAUAACACCGUAUCAUGGAAAAGCGUUCCUUUACACUUUCGUGCGUACAAAUAACGCAUGUUGUCAUGUCAUUAGGAUGAAUACAACGAUCAAAUUUGUUUGCUACUGUU